AAUUUACUUAAAACACAGAUCAAUUUUCCUAAUGCACACACAAAUAUUUAUAAUUUAAUUCAAAAAUAGCAUUCAAUAUACACUAGGAUUGUGAAUAUACACUUACAGACGUCUUUGGAAGCAGAGGACUGUUCAUAUGCCUUUAUAUCCUAGCACUCCACGAAGAAUUCCCUCUGCAUCCUCCAAUAUCUAUCCAUGUCUCUUGGUCUUCAUGCUGGAUAUUCAUCUUCUACCACGCUUCUAGAUAAAAGGCAGAAAUUUUCUAUUUUGCAGGUGCUCAAAGGGAGAAGAUCUCUCAGAGGCUCAAAGCUCAAACGUUCAACUCUAACUCCCAGUUUUACCUCAAGCCUCCAGCCCAAGCUUCCAUCUCAAGUUCAAUCAUCCAGCUCAAGCUCCAAGCUCCAAGCUCCAAGCUCAAACUCCUGCUCUCAGCUCAUCAAGCAUUCACGGGUGUCUUUUAAUGCAGCCAUAUUAUGAGCUAAGUUUUAGCUCCUGUGGUGGACCUUCAAGAUAGAGCUGCUGUAGCAGACGCAACAUUCUCAUGGGAAGGCUUGGGACUAUUUUUCCUGGCCUAUCUUCUCUACUCUUCUUGCUGACUUUUGGCCUUCGUUGGUCGCUCUUUCUCACUUCAAUCUCAUCUUUUUUGCGUUUCAUGGUGCUGAUCUGUUGGUUUCUUUACCAUGUUCAUGUGUUGCUUUUAUGGAGGAUGGAUGACUCUUCCUCUCUUGCUUUCCUACAUCUGGAUUCUGUUGGAGGGGAUGUCCAUGUUGUUUGUUCCCCGAUGUAGCCUCUUAUGCUGACUGUUGAUUGGCUUGCUGGGCUGCAUUAGGGUGAUUUAAUUCUUAUUUGGAGCCUCUUCAGCUUACUGUUGCAGCUGGGGUUUUGACCCAACUGGUUCAUUUCUUUUGGAUUGCAUAUGGUGGAUACCUUCAAUCAGGACAUCCUAUGGACUUGUGUUUUAGGUGUUUGGAUUUUUGGGUAUGUACAUUUAGGUGUUCCCCUCGUAUA